CAACUUAUGGACUUUUACAAUAAGGAGGCCUGUACAGAGCUUUUGAAGAACAAUUGACUUGGUCUCUGAGUGAGCACAGUGAAGAUGGAUGGUUCUACUGAAACACAACUUAACAGGAAGUUACCAUUCAGUUACAAUAGUUUUGCUGGUUCACCUCAAUUGGCUGAUGGCUCAAGUGACUUCGACAAAAACCGUGACCUCAGCCACCUCCCAAAGAACAUCCCUCUGAAACAGUUGGCCUCUGGUAGCCCAAAUUUGUUUGACCGAAGCCUGUCCAGCUUCAAAGAGACAGACGAGGACAUCUCCAGUCAGGACACACUCAUGCAUGUCUAUGCUGUAUCUAUCACCUUUGCCAUUGGAGUGACCAUUGCUUUGAUCCUGUGUAUUAACCUGGGGGGAAGUUUGGUUUUUGUAAAUGGUGCGGUAGUGUCGGAUCAUGAGCGCUGCACUUUACUCAGCCAGAGAGUCCUUCAUGAUGGGGGAUCCAGUGUGGAUGCUGCCAUCACUGCCGCCCUGUGUUUGGGUGUUGUGCAUCCACAUGUGUCAGGUGUUGGCGGAGGUGGGGUGAUGCUGGUUCAUGACAUCCAGAAGAAUGAAACCAGGGUGAUUAGUUUUCAGGGAACUGCACCUACAACACUUAAAGAGGAGAUGCUGCAGAACGUUUUAGAACUAAAGGCAGGAUUGCAAGUGGGAGUGCCAGGUCUGCUCAGAGGCUUACACCAUGCUCACAGCCUGUAUGGGAGUCUAUCAUGGGAGGAUGUGGUCGCCAGAGCUGCUGCUGUUGCCAAAGAAGGUUUCAAUGUGUCUCUCGGUCUUGCUGAAGCUAUAUCAAAGGUAAAAGGUGAGCAGCUGUCGCAACGUUUCAGGGAUAUGUUCCUCCCAGAUGGCCACGCUCUGCUUCCUGGUUCAUAUCUGAAGAUGUCAAGUCUGGCUCGAGUCCUUGAGGCUGGUCUGUCAAAUUUCUAUGAUGGGAUCUUCUCACAAGAGAUAGAAGAUGAGGUGCAAGCUAAUGGAGGGGUCCUGAGCAGAGCCGACAUCAGUGACUACAGUGUGCAGGUGGAGCAGCCAGUGGAAGGCCUGUACGAUGAAUUCGUUAUUCAAGUACCUCCUCCCCCAUCCACUGGUGCAGCGUUGAUAUCAGCGCUCAACAUUUUGGACUACCUCCAUUUCAAUGGGAACAAUAACAUAGACAAUCAAACACACCACUGGGUUGCCGAGGUUCUGAAAGGAGGUUUGGGUGAACCUAAGUCUUCAGUGACUGAGCUGCUCUUUAACGUGCUGAGUAAGACUCAAGCUGAAGUGCUUCGCCAGAGGAUCAAUUCCUCCCAUACCUCUCCAGCCGACUCCAUUGUCCACUCCCUACAGACAGAGCGGAUGGCCGGGAAAGUUGUGGUCAUGGGACCAGAUGACCUCAUAGUGUCAGUUGCAAGUUCCUUGGGCACGCUGUUUGGUAGCAGAAUUAUUACACAAUCAGGCGUUGUUCUCAACAGCCUCAUCCUCAACUUCUCCUGGCCAAACAAAACCCGAAGUCAACUCUUAACCAGCCAGAAAAACCGAGUCCAGCCUGGAAAGAGACCCCUAUCCCCUCUCAUGCCCACAAUAGUGGUGCCAGCGUGGCAUAAAUGUGGGAGCUACGUGGCUCUAAGCAGUGCAGGUGGACAACAGAGUUUGAGUGUGAUCAUCCAGGUGUUGAUCAGUGCACUGUCCUUCCAUAAAGAGAACAAUGACAGCCUCUCCCUGAGAAGACUCCACCCCCAACGUCAGCCAAACCGACUUCUUGUUGAUCCUGAGUUUCCGGAAGAGAAGACAAACCCUGUUGUACUGGGUAUCCUGAGGAACAAAGACAUCAUUACACCCUUAACAGUACCUCAAUUAUCUGAUAGUUCCUUAUAGUUUCUGUUUCCUAAAUAUCUUCCAAGAGCAUAUGAAAUGGUAGUUUCUGGAUAAUUGCUGUAUGUAAGUUGUUGUUUUUUGAUACUCUUGAGUUAUUGUGAUCACCAGCCAACAGAGGGCAAUACUUUCUAUUACAGAAGGCAAAUUGUCUGUUCAUAAGCAUUGUCUUAAAAUGGAUUAAAGAAAAAAACCAUUAUG